CAUAACAAGCUCAAAACACUACUGCAAAACCAUAAAUACCAUAUAUAUUUUUAUCAGAUACUUAAUUAGUGGAUUUAAAAUCAGAUUUUUUUUAUGUAUAUAUAUGGAAAACGUAUCUCAGCUAGUUAAGACAAACCAAAUUUUGCUCGAACAUAAUCCAUAUAAAGAGCUCUCAUCUUUCUCAAUUUUGUACAUUCUACAUUCCACUUUGUGAUUUGUAACUAGUGGUAAGCUAUUACCACAACAUAUUCUCUUCCACAAGUUAAAGGAAAAAAAGAAAAAAAAGCAGAUUCCCAAAUUCCAAAAGUAUGAAGAACUCCAACAUCUUACUUCUCUUCUUACUUGCAUCUUUCGUCAUCAUCGGAAAUGAAGCAGCCAUGGCGACCAAAAUCAGUACCGAUCAAUCUGAAUGGAUAUGUUAUAAAGGAACGGCGAAGGUGGCCGGUAACUGUGUUCAGAAUACAUGUGAUUCCGCUUGCAAGGUGCAAUAUGGGGGUUCAGCAACUGGUCUCUGUCGAAGUCAGCUCUUAUGUAACUGUUAUGGCCCAUGUCAGAUUAAUUAACUUUGGUAUUCCUGUCAGUGCAGUAAUCAAAUUUUCAGUAACGAUUAUCUCCCUGUACCCAUAUUGAUCAUUAGCUUUUCCUUAAAAUGGAUUAGUGCAAUAAUUAAUAAAAUUUUCAGAACAAC